CGUCGGACAUACCAGUCUAGAAACCGGCUCGAUCGGUCGUCUAUAUUUACAAUAAAGUAACUUUUGGAAGCCGUCUAGUAAAGAAACGUUUUACCCAAUGGUUUUCCUCAUUUGAUAAGUUAUUUAGCCUUGUGUAAUUUGUUUACGAGUUAGUGUUAAAUAAUGCGUGGUAAUUUGAUGUUGGAAAUGAAUUCUAAAGCCUGGAUCAUCCUGCUAGCUGCCAUAGCGGUCAAAGCCGACCCAACAUGCACCCACCAAGGCACCGACAUCGUGUGCACUAACGAAAUCUCGGACUAUAUCCUCAAACGGGGCCUCGUUUCAGAACACAGCAGUAUAACCGGUAUUACCCUCCGAAACUGCAGAAUAACACACAUCGAACUAGAGUCUUUCCAUAAACUACCCGCUUUGGAGUACCUCGAUCUCAGCGUCAACAAGAUAUCUCGAUUGGAACUAGGCGUUCUGGAUGGAUUCAAAAAGACAAUUGUCCUAAAUAUCUCCCAUAACAGAUUGACAGAGUUCCCUUUAGGCGUAUUCGAUCAGAAACCUAAUCUGGAAAUACUUGACUUAAAAGGGAACAGAUUGGAAAACCUAGAGCUUGGUGUGUUUGACCCUUUACAUAAGCUGAGACACCUAGAUUUAUCCAGCAAUAAAAUUAAAGGAAGAAGCCAAAAUCCAUAUAUUUUCGACCAAUCAACGCAGAUCAAAUUCAUGGAUUUUUCAAGGAAUGACAUGAGUGGUACGCCAGAGAAUAUGCUAGCCGCUUUUGAAGUUAUUGAUUUUCUGAAUUUAGAUCGCUGUUCAUUGUCAGAAGUACCCAAGUUCGCUACUAGAUCAAAUUUACGUACGAUGAAACAUCUCCUACUGUCAACGAAUGAGAUAACAAAACUUGACAAUCCUGCAGUUUUCUCGUAUUUAGAAAACUUGGAGAAACUAAAUCUAGUCGCAAAUUAUAUAACAGAAGUGCAUCAAGACGUUUUCAAGCCAUUGAAGAAAGCACAAGAGAUACUUUUGAGUCACAAUAAGAUGGUAAACAUUCCAGAGACUCUGUUCCAAAAUAUGCGUUAUUUGACCAAUAUUGAUUUAUCGAACAAUUUUUUAGAAAAUGUUCCAGUUAACGCAUUUCGCGGUACAAAAUUGAAAGUACUGAACUUAUCUAAUAAUCGGUUCACUUACUUACAAGACAAUUUCAACUUAGAAUUGAGGAAUUCUGGAGUAAAGUUAUCGCAUUUAUUCUUUCAGAAUAAUCCGUGGCAGUGUGCGUGUCUUAAUGAUAUUUUAGUGGAAAUUAAAAAAUACGAAAUUCAUUAUAAUGGUGAUAAAUAUGACGGGCGUCGUCCUGUUUGUGUUACUAACGAAUUUGCUUGCAAAAGACAACCGAGCUUUAAUGAAUUUUAUAGUGAUCUUUAUGAUAACGUUAUUUAAUAAACGGGCAAAUAUCUUAUGACUUGGUUUAUGACUUUGUAAUUGUUUUAGAAAAAACUUUAUUAAAUGCUAAUUAAACUC